AUGGCAUUCGAUUCGUUGACUAGGGCUCCUCGCAACCUAAAGGAGGGUAUUGACUGGUUGAUAGCCCUGAGGGGCACUGAUGCUAAAAAAAACUUGACUGCUAUGGGUGACGCGCUUCACGAUUUGCUCGCAGACAAGCCUAUCGGCAAGAUGGAGUUUCUACCGCUCAAGAAAGUAAAAAUCUUUUCUAGAGACUUCUUGAUGAAACCGUCGCUCAGGGACCAGCCAUUCGUUGAUGAGCUACUAGAGAAAUUCAAUGCGCCUAUGGAUAAAACGGAUCUACCCCUUAAGCGUCUCUCUAGUAGUAUGGACAGCGAUUAUUUUAACAUCAUAAAGAAGAAGCGUUUACAGCCUGAAGCCAUGGCAAGAUUCUUAGGCCUCGUUGUAUAUGGUUGUGACAAGUUCCUAAAGCAUAUGAAAAUCCCUGACCAGUAUGAAUCUGUUUACAGUCCAGAAGCGACGUGGGAUGCGUCUUGCGCGCAGGACCCGGAAGCGUGCGCCGUGGUCUUCGUGGGUAUUGCGCCUAUGUUAUACGCAGGCCUACGUUCUUUGAAAGAUGCGACCAAAGCUGCGGCUAAGGACGAGUCGAAUGCCAGGGCGAGGAAGCGUUUGGCAGAUGUAUUGAGGGCCGUAGGCUACAAGGAUUCGGAAAGGCGCCCUCAUAUGAGAAUUUCCUAUAUAUUUGAGGCGUUAAGCGAUGUGGAUCAAGAUGUAUUGGACAUACUCUGCGACUUUUCUGCAUUUUGGGCUUUCUAUUGA